AUCAAUGUGUUUCAGAUUUCUUCUGACUGCAUCCCCAUAAUCCCCCCUGCCCUUUACAGACGACGACGAAGAAGAAAACAAAAUCUUAUUGAAGAAGAAAACAAAACUUUAACAUGCCAUGAACCCUGUUUCGAUGAGACCAUGAAUAUGUGAACAGAGCCAUUUGAUGCAUGAUGUAUGAUGGAGAGAAUCUGAAAAUUUGGAUCUAAAAUUUGGUUUGUAAUUGGAUUUAUUGGUUUGUAGAGAUAAUUAGAUUGGAUUUAUAGAGUUUCUUGGAAAGAUGAGCUUUGAAGGUGUACAUGUUUCUGAUCCAUGGCUUCAAAGUCAAUUCACUCAGGUCGAGCUACGAGGUCUCAAAUCCAAAUUUAUUUCAUUGAGGGCGAAAUCGGGGAAAGUUACUCUGGGAGAUUUGCCUACUGUUAUGGCAAGAUUAAAGGCUUUCAAUGAAACAUACACGGCGGAAGAGAUUCAAGGGAUAUUGGGGGAGUCCUACUCUGAUAUGGCAGUAGAGAUUGAUUUUGAAUCCUUCCUAAGAGCAUAUUUAGUUUUGAGAGCCCAAGCUACAUCAAAACACGGAGACACAAAAAUGUCAGCAACAUUUCUUAAUGCCGCAACAACAACUCUUCGCCACACAAUCAGUGAAACGGAGAAAUCUUCUUAUGUUGUUCAUAUAAACAGCUAUCUUGCGGAUGACAAGUUCCUGAAGAAAUAUCUACCUUUGGAUCCUGCAACGGAUAGUCUAUUUGACCUUAUCAAAGAUGGGGUUCUUCUCUGUAAGUUGAUUAAUGUUGCUGUUCCCGGAACAAUAGAUGAACGCGCAAUUAACACCAAAACGGUUCUUAACCCGUGGGAGAGAAAUGAGAACCACACGCUUUGUUUAAACUCCGCCAAGGCUAUUGGCUGUACAGUGGUUAAUAUUGGAGCACACGAUUUGGUAGAAGGAAGGCCUCACCUGGUACUCGGAUUGAUUUCUCAGAUAAUAAAGAUCCAACUAUUAGCAGACCUCAACCUAAAGAAGACCCCUCAACUGGUGGAAUUGGUGGAUGACACAAAGGAUUUAGAGGAUCUCAUAAGUUUACCCCCAGAAAAGAUUUUACUGAGAUGGAUGAACUUCCAGCUGGGCAAGGCAGGCUUCAAGAAACAAAUCACCAAUUUUUCCACUGAUUUGAAGGAUGGAGUGGCUUAUGCGCAUCUGCUUAAUGUUCUUGCACCGGAACACGCAAGCCCAUCCACACUGGAUGCAAAGGAUCCACACGAAAGAGCAGAAAGAGUUCUUGAGCAUGCAGACAGAAUGAACUGCAAAAGAUAUUUAACUGCGAAGGACAUUGUUGAGGGAUCGACAAAUCUGAACCUUGCAUUUGUGGCACAUAUAUUCCAUCACAGAAAUGGAUUGUCGAUGGACUUGAAAAAGAUCAACUUAGCGGACAUGCUGCCUGAAGAUAUUGAAGUAUCUAGACAAGAGAGAUGUUUCAGGUUUUGGAUUAACAGUCUUGGAAUUAAUACAUAUGUCAAUAAUGUAUUCGAUGAUGUCAGAAAUGGAUGGGUUCUUCUGGAAGUGCUUGACAAGGUCUCUCCUGGAGUAGUUAACUGGAAGCACGCGACGAAGCCUCCAAUUAAGAUGCCAUUUAAGAAGGUAGAGAAUUGCAACCAAGUCAUAAGAAUUGGGAAGGAACUAAACUUCUCCUUAGUUGGUGUGGCUGGAAAUGACUUUGUGGCAGGCAAUAAGAAGCUCAUACUUGCCUUUCUGUGGCAGCUGAUGAGGUUUAAUAUACUGAAGCUCUUGAAAAACUUGAGAUCUCACUCUCAAGGGAAGGAGAUGACUGAUUCUGAUAUCUUAAGCUGGGCUAACAAUAAAGUGAAAAAUUCGGGCAAAACUUCUCAAAUGGAUAGUUUCAGGGAUAAGAAACUGUCAAACGGUAUAUUUUUUCUCGAGCUUCUUAGUGCUGUGAAACCAAGGGUUGUUAAUUGGAAAGUUGUUGCGGACGGGGAUACUGAGGAAGACAAGAGGUUGAAUGCUACAUACAUAAUCAGUGUUGCACGGAAACUUGGUUGUUCCAUUUACUUGUUACCCGAGGACAUCAUGGAGGUAAACCAGAAGAUGAUCUUGACUUUGACAGCCAGCAUUAUGUACUGGAGCCUGCAGCGGCAAGCAACUGGGCCCGGCUCAUCCCCGUCUGCUUCCCCAAGCGCCUCCCCAUCGGCUUCAUACGCCUGCCUAUCAGCUGCCAAUAGCUCUGCAUUGGCUUCAGAUGGCUCGCCUUCGAGUCCAGAUGUUUCCACAUCAGUCCCAGAUUCCCCAUCCACCCCAGAUGCUCCAGACGCUUCCCCAUCCAUCGUUGAUGCUUCUCCAUCUACCCCGGAUGCCCCAGACGCUUCCCCAUCCAUCGUUGAUGCUUCUCCAUCCACCCCUGAUGCUCCAGACGCUUCACCAUCCAACCCAGACGCUCCAGACGCUUCACCAUCCAUCCUUGACGCUUCCCCAUCCAACCCAGAUGCUUCUGUGAAGGAUGAGGACAAUAACACACUACUGUCAGAGGAAGAGUCGGACUUGAAAGUAUCCUCCUCGCAGGAUGAAAAAGAAGAUACCCCUUCUGAUGCAUGAGCCUGAGAUGGCCACAACAUGCAGAUAAAAUUCCAAAUCUCAACUCGGACCAAAAUUCUAUACAAAUAGUUUCAAAAUUAUACUUCUGAAAGUGAGAAUCGAUACCAAAAUUGUUGUCAAAAUGCCUAAUAGUCAAAAGUAAAGUACUUGUAAAUCUGUUCAAUUUGAAAUGUACAGGCUCGGUAAUUGUUUUACUUCAACUUUGUUUUAAUUGCUGCUUUCAGAAAUUUUGUCCAAUUCUUUUGACAAUAUCACAGUGGGAUGAUGAUGAGAAAUCUUUACUUAAUAUAUAAAGGGGAAUCCA